AUCCUGAACCUCUGACUGCUGUUGGCCUUGCCUCCCCUCAUCACCUUAACUUUUGCCUCUCUUGCUUUGCCAAACUCAUGUUCCUUCAGAUCCUUUAACUUGCCAUGUCCCUUGCUAUCUUAGGGUCUUGAAAUUGCCGAUUCCUCUGCCCGGAAUCUUCUCAGCUCACACUUUGCUUGGAUAAUUCUGAUGUAUCUGUCCAGCCUCAGACUGACUAUCACUUUCUUAGAGAGCAAUGCCCUGGGCCUCUGGCCUCGAAUCAAAGUUUGGAUCCCCUUUACAUUUGUUCUUUCUUUUGAUACUCUGUUUUCCUUUCAGAGCUCUUAUCACAACUUGCAGUUACACAUUUGUGUUUUUGUUUAAAAUCUGCCCUCACCAGAUAAUCUCCACAAAGUAGGUGUACGUGUCUUCUCCAACAUGUGACCCAUACUUAGUACUUGCUCAGCACAUAGUAUAGGUUCUUGGUAGUGAUUUUAGUGAAUAAAGUUGAAUUCGCCUUGCAAGAUGGCAAUAUAUCAGACUAACAGUAUAAGUUUAUAUUACAUUACCCUCUUUAGGCCUGGGAUAAGCAUUUAAUGUUGGAAGAGAGAGGGAAUGAUUUGUUCCUGCUUCCAAUGGAAUGGCAUAUUGGGUAGCACGGAACCAUAUCUGAGAACUGGUGACUGGACAGGGACGUACACUUAUACAUGAACGAUUUCUCCUUUGCCUUAUAUAUAGGAAAACAAUGAGCAAAAAGUGUUGAGGCAGAUUUUCAGGCUAUCCAGAAGUAGAAAAGAAACUCGAGGUAUUUAAAAAAAUUAUUAUUUUUUUGCUUUAGAGUUUAUUCAGGUUGGUACAUGAGUCAUUGCUGCCUAGCUUUUUGGCCAAUAGGAUUUCAGUAUGCAGUGCACUAAUAUAAACUCUUGGAUUGGCUAACUACCUCUGAUGUCACAAUUUCCCCAUUAGGAAGUCACAGUUUUCUUGAAAUAACAUUGUACCAAUAGCAAGUCUUGUUAUUCUGUUUCAUUAUGAGAAAGAUAAUCUACCAAAAGUAAAAAUGCUAGAAGGAGCAAGAUAGAAGGCCUUUUCCAUUUAUGUGCUUUAAUGAUCUACUGCCAACACUUGAAGGUAGCUUCUUGACUUUCUUUUACAACGGAUGGUUUUUUUUCCUUCAUGUUUGUCAGUAAAUAGGCAAAUGGAGGAAUGAGCCUACUUAGAAUUACUCCUUCAAUUCGUAUUUCUGUUUCAUCUCAACUGUGGAGGCUUGGCAUCUUUCUACUACUUAGCCUUCCUGACUCAAAAGGAAAAGCCAUUUGGACAGCCCACCUGAAUAUAACGUUUCAGGUGGGAAAUCAGAGUAUAUCAGAAUUAGGAGAGAGUGGCGUGUUUGGGAAUCAUUCUCCUCUGGAAAGGGUGUCUGGUGUGGUGGUACUUCCCGAAGGAUGGAAUCAGAACGCUUGUAAUCCUAUGACCAAUUUCAGCAGGCCUGAGCGAGCAGACUCUUGGCUGGCCCUCAUUGAAGGAGGAGGCUGUACUUUCACACACAAAAUCAACGUGGCAGCAGAGAAGGGGGCAAAUGGGGUGAUCAUCUAUAACUAUCCAGGUACGGGCAACCAAGUAUUUCCCAUGUCUCACCAGGGAACGGAAAAUAUAGUCGCAGUGAUGAUAGGCAACCUGAAAGGCAUGGAACUUUUGCACUUGAUUCAGAAAGGAGUCUGUGUGACGAUCAUCAUUGAAGUGGGGAGAAUGCACAUGCCCUGGCUGAGCCAUUAUGUCAUAUCUCUGUUUACCUUUGCGGUUGCCACAGUGGCCUACCUGUUCCUGUACUGUGCCUGGAAACCUCGAGUGCCCAAUUCUUCCACCAGGAGGCGAAGACAGAGAAAGGCAGAUGUGAAGAAAGCUGUUGGACAGCUUCAACUGCAGGUGCUCAAAGAAGGGGAUAAGGAACUAGAUCCAGAUGAAAACAGUUGUGUUGUUUGCUUUGACAUAUACAAGCCUCAAGAUGUAGUACGUAUUUUAGCUUGCAAACAUUUUUUCCAUAAGGCAUGCGUCGACCCCUGGCUCUUAGCCCAUAGGACAUGCCCCAUGUGCAAGUGUCACAUUCUGAAAACUUAAGAAACCCAGAGAAUCUCCUGAAGAUGUAACUGAGUCUUACCAAAGGUUACAAUGAAGAUGAAUUCUCUUUUAGCACUUUAUGUAGAGAGAAAAUUCAACUGCAGCUUGUCUAUGCAAGUACUAAAGAGGGUGACAUUUGUGUACUUUAAAAAUAAAACUCCAUAUCAUCUCCAUCUAUUUGAA